CACGUUUCAUAACAUAUUGCAACGAAGCUCUCACCAAAAUUUUCAAUAGAACCAUGGAUGAUUCAAUCAAAGUGAUCUCCACAAGUACAAUCCAAGCACCAAAUGGCAACUCAACCGAUUUUCAAAAAAUAGACUUAACACCAUGGGAUCUCCAAUUCCUCCCCAUUGAAACCAACCAAAAAGGCCUUAUUUUCCAACACCAACCCAAUAUUGACCCAUCUUCGUUAAAAAACCAAAUCCAUCAUUUGAAACAAACUCUCUCCUCCACUCUUCCCUUCUUCCCGCCCCUCGCCGGUCGUCUUGUAAUCACUCAACACCAAGAAGAAGAAGAAAACAACAACCCCUCCUCAUCAUCAUCGUCAUGUCACGUCAUUUUCAACAACGUUGGCGCACUCUUCGUCCACGCCACAGCACAAAACACUACUGUUUCUGACAUCCUUCAACCCGAAAACUAUAUUGUACCUCCCAUUGUCUACUCUUUCUUCCCACUCAACGGCGUCAAAAACUGCGAAUCCACUUCCCACACAAUUCUUGCCGUCCAAGUAACCGAGUUACUUGACGGCUUAUUCAUUGGCAUCACAAUCAACCACGCAGUAAUAGACGGUAAGUCGUUUUGGCAUUUCGUCAAUUCUUGGUCUCAAAUCUCACGAGGUGAUUCUUUAAACAAACUCCCUUCACUUAAACGCUGGUUUCCGAACGACAUUCAUCAACUUCCCAUACGUUUCCCUUUCACAACUGAUCAAUUAACCGAAACCUCCAAACCCAACAACUUAGCUGAAAGAGUUUUCCAUUUCACAAAGGAGAAAAUCGCGGAACUGAAAUCCAAAGCGAACAUCGAAACUGAAACUGAGAAUAUUACAAUCUCUUCGCUUCAAGCGGUACUAUCUCAUGUUUUACGUUCCGUGGUUCGUUGCGAAAGGCUUGAUCCUCAACAAGAGGUUCUAUAUUUUUUGCUGAUUGGGGUUAGAGCAAAGAUGAUUCCUCCGCUUGAAGAUGAAUAUUUCGGAAACGCAAUUUUGGUUUGUGCGUUUACAAUGAAAGCAGAAGAAAUUCUUGAUAGUGGUAUUGGAAAGGUUGUUUUGAAGAUGAACAAAUCGAUUUCUCUAUAUUCUGAUGAUGAGAAAAUAAAAAACAGUUAUGAGCGAUGGUUGAAAAAACCAAAGUUUCUUACGGGUGGUGAGUUGGCCCGUAGGUAUUAUUACAUGACAACAACAAAUUCUCCGAGGUUUGAUGUUUAUGGUAAUGAUUUUGGUUGGGGAAAGCCGGUUGGUGUUCGAAAUGGCGGUGCGAAUAAAGACAAUGGAAAGAUUAGUGUGUUUGCUGGGGCUGAUGAGGGAAGUAUGGACAUUAUAGUAUGCCUUCCUUGUAAGAUUUUAGAGGCCAUGGGAAAUGACACUGAGUUCUUGAGUUACUAGUUUUAGGUAAGUAUAUGUUAAUGUCUAAACUAAAACAUGUGAGUUUCUGUCUUUGAGAGUAUUGUAUGGACACAGUUAGCAAAAUUUAACAUCA